GCAAAAGGUAAUAAAUGAACAUGACAGUGUGAAAUUGAAUACCGUGUUCAAUGGCGAGUUUGUGGCGGGUGAGAAGACCGCCAAUAAAAGUAUCAAUACGCGAAACCGAGCACUCUUUCGUACGUCCAAUCUGAAAGAGUGGUUUGCACGAUACGUUAUCGAGCCCACCUUGGCGUCUCUUGAAGAAUUCCAGGAACGCGACAAUGGAUGGGCGUUGUCGCGUAUACUGGACUUGACGGUUAACGUUAACAAAUAUAACCCUAUGCACGCGGGAUGUCACGUCAAAUUGCCGAAGAAAAUUAUGGCGAAGAAAGCAGUGGUAAACGUGCAAAGUAACGAUGUCGCAUGUUUUGCAUGGUCAGUGGUUGCCGCUCUGUACCCGGCAAAAAGACACGUAGAGCGGCAAUCAUCGUACCCCCAUUAUACCACAGUACUCAAUCUCCAAGGCAUAGAAUUUCCCAUGACAUUGAAGCAAGUCGAUAAGUUUGAAGAGCUCAACAAUGUCUCAAUCAACAUAUACUAUAUAGGAUCAUUAAGUAUCGUUCCAUUGCGUCUCACCGAUGAUAAGAAGGCCCGGCACAUCAAUCUACUGUACGUGCCACAAGAUAAUGGCUUGGGCCACUUCACGUGGAUCAAGAACCUGUCUCGGCUAGUUGGCAUCCAACUUAGCAGCAAUAAACGAAAAAAAUAUAUUUGCGAUCGGUGUCUGCACUACUUCUCCUCCAACGGGAGAUUGAAGGCCCACUCCGUUGAUUGCACAAAACUAAACGAUUGUGUCAUUGUUUUACCGAACAAGGACGACAAGUGGCUGCGUUUUGGCAACCACAGCAGGAAAGAGCGGAUGCCGUUCGUCGUAUAUGCCGACUUGGAGAGUGCAUUGGAGAAGAGAGGAGCGGAAAAAUCCGGCACAUACCCAUAUCACCAUCACAAGGCAUAUAGUGCUGCGUACUACGUGCGGUGUUCAUACGACAACUCAUUAUCCGCGUAUCGAUAUCGUCGCGGCACCGACUGCAUUUCGUGGUUUUUCGAAGAACUGAAAGCUCUAGCAUUUCGCGUAAAAGCAAUUCUAACCGCUAAUGUGCCCAUGGAAAAUCUAACGAGAGAACAGGAAGUAGCAUAG